AUGGCGACGGUACUUCCUCCGGCACAGCAAAAACAGUUCGAGAAACUUGGUCGUGAGUUAGAUGCCCGUGAGUACGCAAAGGCGCUGCGCUCCGCGGAGGCCAUAUUGGCCGUCAUCCCCUCUCAUGCCGAUACCAUUGCUAUGAAAGGCCUCACGCUACAUUAUCUCGACCGCAGGGCAGAAGGACAUGCGGCCAUUAAGGAAGCUAUUGAGCUUAACGUUCAUUCUACCAUGGCAUGGCACUCGCUGGGACUUUGUCACAGGGCCGAGAAGAAUUACCCUGAGGCUGUCAAGGCGUUUAAACAGGCGCAUCAAACAGACCCUUCCAACGCAAAUGUUUUGCGCGAUUUAUCGUCCGUCUGUGUUCAGGUGCGAGAUUGGGAACAAUUUGUGGAGACGCGCCAAAAAAUGGUGACAUUAAAAGCGGGUGUUCGUGCCAACUGGAUUGCUCUUUCCUGUGGACAUCGCAUGUUGCGACAAACAGAACUAGCAGCUGCAGUGAUUGACGUCAUGACGACCAUCAUGGACGCUGGAGACACGGCGGUAGAAAGGAGCGAGGUGUUUCUCUACCUUGUAGAACUGGAACUUUCCCAUAACGCGCCGGCACGAGCUCUGGAACUCCUCAAGAAGCAUGGUGCCGAGAUUGUGGAUGAGGAGGAGAAGCUACGCCUACGCGCUAAGGCGCAUGCCCUGCUUGGUCAAAAAGCAGAUGCCGAAAAGCGUUACAUGGAAUUGAUUGGUCGUGGGGUGUCGGAAGCGGACUGUAUUGCGGCCAUUGCCCAUCUCCGUAAGAUUCCACUUGACGCGCAUCGAUGUCCGAAGCGUGACGAGGGCAAAUACCUGGAAAUUCUUCAGCAAGUCCUUGACGUCUACCCAAAAUGUGACUACGCCCGGCGACACCUGUUAGAUUUUGUCCCCAUGACGGAGUUUAGGAAACGUCUUUGUGAAUACGCCUCGGUAUUUAUUGCCAAAAUGAUUCCAUCACUGUUCAGUGUGCUGAAGUCGCUUUAUAAGGAUCCUGAACGCGCCAAGGAAAUCGGCGCGGCGUUUUUGCAGUGGGAAGAUGAAGUUAAGAGGAAUGACUUCUCGAGCUUUGGUGGAAAGUCAAAUCCGUCGUAUAUCUUAUGGAUUUGGAUGUAUUUGUCGUCACACUAUUGUCGUCUGCGUCAGUUUGAUCAGGCAUUUCAUUACAUUAACCUUGCCAUUGAUCACACACCAACCGUGGAACUACUGUAUUUAAUGAAGGCCAAAAUACAUGAAAGGAACCAAGAGUUCGAUGAGGCAGCCAUGCAUGCGGACAAGGCACGCCAAUUGGACUUACAAGACAAGUAUCUUAAUGGUAAGGCCGCCAAGUAUUUUUUCCGUGCCAAUCAUAUUGCGGAAGCUGAAGAGCGAAUGCAAAUGUUUUACAAGGCCAGUGCAGCACCUGGGGACACCUACCUUACGGCACUGGAGUCUCAGUGUGCUUGGUACGAGCGUGAGGUGGGUGAUGCCUUCUAUCGAAAGGGGGAUUACAUUUCCGCGCUGGCAAACUACCUCAUGUAUGAGGAACACCACACACGUAAUCACGCGGAAUUGUUAGACUUUCAUAAUUAUGUUUUUCGACGCUGCACGAUGCGGGCUUGGUUCGAUGUAUUGGCCCGCGAUGAUGAUCUGAAUGGAAAUAAAUUUUUUCUAAAACUUUGCCCACGUAUCGUUCGCACGUAUUUGAAGGUGUACGAAGAAGGCGAGGAGGCCGUGCGCGCAAAACACGUUCCCCGCCCCGAACUUGAGCCCUGCCCCGAUGUUGAGGAAAAUAAACGCUUGAUGCAGCUGCGCAAAGAGUACUAUUUAGCUGACGUGGAUCUUUCUAACUCACUUCAAAAAGCUGAACGGUAUCUUCUUCCCUACCUCAACCACAAUUUGGCCUCGGCGGAGGCUCACUUGUUGGCUCUGGAGUUUUACACCGUGGCACGACGCCCGCUACUUGUGGCUCGCGAGCUGUUGGCGCUGGCCAAAUUAAAGGGUGCAGGCACGGCCGAUCACAUUGUCCUCUUUGAGCGUCGCCUUUUUGCGGAAACCGCGUCGGAAAUGGAUCUUCGCAUGAAGGAUGUCAUUGAUGAGGCGUUGGCCGGCGCGUGGGAGAAGCUAAGGGAGGGGUGA